AUGCUGCUCAACUGUACCACUCCAAAUCAAUUCAAAAGAGGUUUUAACAUCAACUCUAAGGUCAAUCCUGUUGAAAAUGAAAUUACUGGUUAUAAGGUCAAUUUUCCCGCUGCUCACAAGGUCAAUUAUCCUGUUGAUAAGGAAAUUACAACUGUUCAUAAGGUCAAUUUUCCUGCUAAAAUAGAAGCUACAAGUGGUUAUAGUGUUGAUUAUACGGAUUGUGUUAUACAACAAGAAGCAUUUUACUUAAAAUUUAAGAAGAACAGUAAUCUUUCACUGAUACUUACUAAAAAUCAGAACCACAAUUUUAAUUGUUAUAUUAUCUCAAAUUUGAAUGAUGGCAAGAUAUGUGAAGAUAAAUUAUGUGAAGCCAUGCAGAGAUAUCUGUCAUUACAGGAAGAAUGUAUUGUUGUUCAAGAGAAAAUUAGUAUUGAAAGAUUACAUUUAUCAUUAGACUACUACAAUCAAAAGUUUAAUGUUAAUUUUUUCGUGUUGAUUGAGGUUCAACCUCUUCUAGAAUUAUUGGAAUUGCUGCAGGUGGAAAAUGUUUGGCCAAUUGUAUAUUUGCUGAACGAGCUUAUGCUCUUAAUAACACAGGAAGACGAUACAAUAGAAAAUUUGGAUUGA